AUGUACUAUAGGUCACAUAUAAAUAUCAAUCACAUUAAAAUAUUAAAUAACCUAGUUAAUAAGAGAUUCUUUUCCAUUUAUGACGGAGAAAUACAGUCGAAACUGAAGUCCGGAAAGUUGACCUAUUAUGAUGUACUGAGCGUGCCCCGAAAUGCUGAUAAAAUUACCAUCAGAGAGGCUUACUUGAAGCUUGUUAAGUUGUACCAUCCAGAUACAAGCAAGGAUAAAAACAGUAGACUAAUUUUCAUUUGCAUCAAGGAAUCGCACGAUGUUCUCACGGAUAGUGGCAAGAGAAGAUUAUAUGACCAGAAAUUGAGUCAAUACAAGUUAAGGGAUGAUCCAUCCAUAAAAAUACAUCGAGCAGGGAGCAAAGAGGCGUUUGAUUCGGAGCGAUGGGAGCGUUAUAAGAGAUACACAUCAGGCACUCGGCAAGAUGCGCAUGAGGACAAUACCCACCUGUUCACAAUUGGUGCCAUCUUCUUAACGUGUGUUGUUGCUACUUUUUUUUGUUUAAUUUUUGGUGAAAUAUUUGUAAGAUUAACAGAUUCCAGUGUUAUUGAUGACGUAUAUGAAGAUGACGAUGUUAAACAUGAACACAUGGUCAACGCCUUCUUCAAUCCCAUUAGCCUGAAGUGGGAGCGCAUUAUCGCACCUUUUGAAGCCCCGACUGUUGCUGUGUUGAGGAAAUACUACAAGCUGGCUCCUGAUGAGCCUGGAAUGCCCAAGAAGAUUACUACAAUUGAGUUAGCUACUCUAUAUUUAUGUAAAUACGCACACGAACUUAUACCUCCACAUACAUACCUAGAUACAAGCACAUAUUUAUGUAAAUACGCACACGAACUUAUACCUCCACAUACAUUUGUAUUUCCACUCGACUCAUCUUUUCUUAGAUGCCUAGGAGCCAGACCACCAGGCCAACUAUUUUAUACGAUCCUCGUAAGAACAAGCCGAUAA